AUGUUGAAUUAUAGCUUACAAUAACUAAUAAUUUAAAAGAAAUGUUUAAUACAAGAAGAAUUUUACUAUUAUCUUUUAUACUAGUAAGAAAGAUUAGAUUUUAAUUCACCUGAAUGCCAUAAAUAUUUGGAAAAGUUUGGUACUGUUGAUAAUAAGGUUGAUCUAGGAGCAUCUAAAAUUGCUUUUACAGGUGAUGUUUCUUUAGAGAAUGCAAAUUAUAAAAUAAAAAUUAGAUAUUCAGAUUAUGAAUAAUUUAAUGAUGCUUAAUUCUAUGGAUUAGUUGAAUAAGAUGGAAAACCACUUGAAAAAACUUGUUUAGAUAUGAAAUUAUAUCAUUAUACAUCAGAAUAAUAUAAGGAUAAGAGAGAAGUAACUACUUUUAAAAUAACUCCAUUUAAUAACUAUUAAAAUAAUUGGAGAUAUUAUUGUUUUAAAAUAAAAUUAGAAGAAUUUAGUUAAUAUUUGAUAUAGACAUAGAAUUCAAAUCAAAAUAUUUAUAAUGGAUAUUUUGCAAUUGCAUAUUAUGCAGCUGAAACAGAUUAAUUGCAUUAUACAUUCUUCUUUUAAUUUUCGAUAAUUAAUGACAGAUUUAUUGGAAUUUUAAUUAAUACAUUUUUUCAACCUUUUAGUGCUGCUUCUACUCUUUCAUGUAUUAUAGAAGAAUGUACGGCUAAGCCAGAUACAAAACUCAAUUGGUGUAAAGAUUUAACUUGUUCUGAAUUCCUAAUCUUCAUUUAAAUGAUUAAUUUAUAUUAUAAUAGAUUAUUACUACCAAAGGAAUGGAAGACUAUUAUUUAACUGAUACUGAAGUACGGUAUACUGGAAAUGGACUUUAAAAAAAGGCUCAUAUUGUAUAUUGUGAGUUUCAACAAUAAUAUUAAAGGCUAAAUAAUACUUUAAUUAAAAGCUGAAAUUGUUUGGUCAGAAAAGUUAAAUCUGUACUUUCAACUACUACUAUCGGAACUAGAAGACUAUUACAAUAAAACUACAAAUUAUAUUCCUAUAACCUAAACAGCUACAGCAUCUUCAUAAAAAUAAUAUCAUACCGUUAAUGGAUAAACUGA